AUGGCGGAUCCUACCGAUCUGAACCUGGAUGCACCCAGUGAUUUACAGGAUAUUCCGGACAUGUCUAUGCAACUGCUUCCCCCGCCGGAGGGGACAUAUCCUGAUAAGGCGACGCUUCUCGCAGCAGUGCAAGCUCACGGAAAAGCUCAUGGAUACAACGUCGUAGUCAAGUCGUCCAGCACUCCCACGGAAAAGAAACCGGGGCGGACUGCUAAGGUCUGGUUGCGAUGCGAUCGCGGGGGCCACUAUCGCCCGCGCAACGGGCUCACUGAAGAGACGAGGAAGCGGCGGCGAACAUCCCGGUUGAUGGAUUGCCCGUUCAUGCUAGUUGCAGCUGGAACUCCUGGGAUUUGGACGCUGACUGUCUUGAACGCCACGCACAACCACGGCCCGAUUGUCGAAAAGCCUCGGCAGGUCCCUCAUCAUAAGGUCCGGAAGGGCCAGAUCGCAGCGGUCCCCUACGAUUGGCCGCACGAUGCGACGCUGACCCCCUAUACGACGGCGUUAGUAAUUAUUGACAUGCAAAAGGACUUCUGUUUGCCGGGUGGAUACAUGAGCCUUCAGGGCUACGACAUAUCGGCUAAUCAGGCACUAAUUCCGAAAUUACAGCAUCUGCUGAAUGCAUUUCGCUCAUCCGGUUUUCCCAUCUACCACACCCGGGAAGGGCAUCGGCCCGAUCUGUCGACACUCUCUAGUAGAGAGGCCUACCGCUCACAAAAUAAUGCUUCUGGCAUGGGAAUUGGAUCUCCCGGACCCCUAGGCCGUCUGCUGAUACGUGGCGAGGUGGGUCACGACACUGUCGACGAACUGUACCCGGUUCACGGGGAACCGGUCAUUGACAAACCUGGCCGGAGUGCCUUUGCACAUACCGACUUCGAACUUAUCCUCCGCAAUCGCGGCAUCAAGAACCUGGUAUUAGUAGGUGUAACGACCGAUGUGUGUGUUGCGACGACUAUGCGCGAGGCCAAUGACCGGGGCUUUGACUGCGUGGUGCUUGAAGACGGAACUGCAGCUAGCGAACCAUCCCUUCACAUGAGUGCCAUCGAGUCAGUCAAGAUGGAGGGAGGAAUCUUCGGAGCAGUAGCCAAAUUAGAGGACGUGAUGCAUGCAGUGGAGAACUUCAAAGCCGUGACUGUGAAGAAGCUGGCUCCGCAGAUGACGUGGCCUUCUGACUUUAUUGGGAUCAAAUCUGGGAUACCAUUCAGCGCUAUCAACAUUGGAGGAAUGAGCUGCCACUGGGUUAGAGGAGCCAUCAUCAGGACGGCCAAGGACAAGAUAUCAUAA